AUGUAUUCCACCAAAGCAUAUUCCCUCCUAUCCUUCAUUCUAUGCCUCACUUUCCUAUGUGCUCUAGUCGCCGCAGCUCCUACCGACCUCGACAUCCGUCCUCCUGGUGAUCUAAAAGUUACCAGUCGCCGAGAUGCCCAUUCCCUCAUGCCACGAGGUUCGCACUCUAUCCAGAUGAUUGCUGCCCCCUUGAUCGCCAUGGCAUCCCUGACUCUUUCGACAUGCCGAUACCUACACAUCGCAUCAUGCUACGUAGUCUGGAGCUUGACUAUCGCAACAGCCGCUGCCUACUCCGGUUAUUCGCUCUAUGAUAUCAUCAAGAGAGAUUUCAUUCGAGCAACCCUCGAGAUGAGCCAGCUUUCAAACUCGGUGCAUGUUAGUAACAGAGAGGUUGUGGAUCUGGAUCGAAAGUAUGAUGUCCAGAAGAGUAAAGAUUCGUACGAGGCAUUGGAAAAUGUUAUCAAGAAUCGGAGACGAUCGUGGCAGGAUAAGUGGAAGAUCCGCUUCGCUCACUACAAGGAACUCGCAAAUGUUAACACUAAGGCCGACGCCGACGCCGACACCUUGAGUACCAAGGACCCUGAGCUUGUCAGACUUGUUACAAAAGCCGCCGAUGCGAUGUCAAAUGCUAUAAGAGCCGAGAAUUCUUACAUGAAGGCUGAGGACGAUUCCGUAACUCUGGAAGAAUUCCUGGAUGGUGAAGAUGGUACAUUGUCCACUGCUGAGCUACGCGAGGUGGAAAAAACGGCCGAAACUGCAGUCACUGACCUUCGGAAAUACCUGACGUGGGUUGUCUCUACCACCGAGAACCAUCUGGGAGCAAUGAACGAAAUGGCUUUUGGAAACAAGGACUACAACCCCAGUCUGUCGACCCGGUCAAUUGAGUAUGGUGUUCCUCGUAUGGUCGAAGAGAGAAACGAAAACUGCGAUAACCAACUUUGCCAUCGAAUGUGGCUCUCGGUGGAUCUGCCUGGUCAAGGCAAGAAGCGCAAUGUCCCCGCCAAUUCUCUCAUCCACAACAUCUAUUCCACCCCAGUGGACUACGAAUUCAAGGACAACACCCUGAAGCGACGUGAUCUGCUUGUGGAAGAGACGGACAUCGAGUGCGAAGAGGAGACAACUGUUAAGGUCGACGGCAAACCAGUGCUUUUCCGCCUGGCUACGAUGCCCGGUAACUAUUACGAUCUCGAGGUCGUGAACUACAUGAACAAAACGCAGAUACCCGAGUUCCAGAAGUCACUCAUGAGUGGAAACAUGACUAACUGGGGAACUGGGGAGUGGAUGUGUGUGAACGCUGAAACAGACAAUGUCUCUUCCAUUCGUGGUGUUGCGAUCUUCACGGAAGACGAGGAGAAACUUCACCAGGAUGUGACACCGAUGUUCCAGGAGUGCGUGAGUCGCAUUGACUCCGCGAGUACUUGA